AUGGCUGAGGAGAAUUCUACAUUCACAAACAAACCAGUACAGAACGACAGCAAUGGCUCUAAAGACAAAGAGGUACCAGAUACAAAAGAUUCAAGCAGCAGUUCAGAUUCGAGUACAUCAUCAAAAUCCAAAGCAAGUAGUUUAAAAAUAGAAGAAGGCCCAAAGCUUAUUGUGCCGGUUUUUGAACAGCGUGAAGCUCUGGAUGAACAAAUACAAGCCCAAAUAAUAGUUACGCUGUCAAAAUUCACUGAUAAAAGUCCACCUACAAAGAUUUCAGAGUCACUCAAGAGUAUGCUUGAUAGCAAAUUCGGAAAGGGUUGGUGCGUGUUUGCAGGUGCACACUUCUCAGGAAGCUGCACAUUUGAGGAGAAGUACUUUGCACAAAUAACAUUUGGCACAUACACAAUAACGCUCUUCAGGAUAUUCAUUCCCAAUCAAUAA